AUGUCCUCGGCCGUGGGGCCCCGGGGUCCCCGCCCGCCCACCGUGCCUCCCCCGAUGCCCGAGCUGCCCGACCUGAGCCACCUGACUGAGGAGGAGAGGAACAUCAUCCUGGCGGUGAUGGACCGGCAGAAAGAGGAAGAGGAGAAGGAAGAAGCCAUGCUCAAGUGUGUGGUCAGGGACAUGGUGAAGCCUGCUGCCUGCAAAGCCCCAAGAAAUGUUGAGCACCAGCCCCACCCGCCUCCACCGAGAUUGCAUCAACAAUUUGAAAGCUAUAAAGAACAAGUGAGGAAAAUAGGGGAGGAAGCGCGGCGCUAUCAGGGAGAGCACAAGGACGAUGCUCCGACCUGCGGGAUUUGCCACAAGACCAAAUUCGCGGACGGCUGUGGCCACCUGUGCUCCUACUGCCGCACCAAGUUCUGCGCGCGCUGCGGGGGCCGCGUGUCUCUGCGGUCCAACAACGUGAGUACCGUGGUUAUGUGGGUAUGCAAUUUGUGUCGAAAGCAACAGGAAAUCUUAACCAAGUCAGGGGCAUGGUUCUUCGGCAGCGGCCCUCAGCAGCCCAGUCAGGACGGAACGCUCAGCGACACGGCUACAGGGGCGGGUUCCGAGGCGCCUAGAGAGAAGAAAGCCCGGCUCCAAGAGCGCUCAAGGUCGCAGACCCCCCUGAGCAGCGCCGCGGCCUCCGCCCCCGACCAGGCUGCCCCCGGUGCGCAGACGGACAGGACCAAGGGUGCUGAGCCCGCCCCGCCAGCCGGGGGCCCCGAGCAGAAGCAGGCAUCCUCCAGGUCUAGAAGCGAGCCUCCCAGGGACAGGAAGAAGACGCCAGGGCUGGCCGAGCAGAAUGGCAAAGGCGCCCCAAAGGGCGAGCGCAAACGCGCGCCCAGGACCUCGGCGCCUCCCAUAGAGGCGCCCGCGGAAGAACGGGAGCGGAAGGAAAGGCGGGAAAGCCGAAGGCUGGAGAAAGGCCGGUCCCAGGACUACUCCGUCGUGCCGGAGAAACGCGAGGAAGGCCCGGCGGCGGAAGCGGAGAAGCAGCGGAAGGAGGAGGAGUACCAGACCCGGUACCGCAGCGACCCGAACCUGGCGCGGUACCCGGUCCAGCCGCCGCCCGAGGAACAGCAGAUGCGCAUGCACGCGCGGGUGUCCCGCGCCCGGCACGAGCGGCGCCACAGCGACGUGGCCCUGCCGCGCACCGAGGCGGCCGCGGGGCCCGAGGGCAGGCCCGGCCCGCGCGCGCCCCACGCCGCCCGGGGCUCGCCGCCCGCCUCGCCGCGCGCCUACUCGGCCGAGAGGACCGCGGAGGCCCGGGCGCCGGGCGCCCAGCCGCUCGCCGACCCCAGCCCGCCGGCGCCCCGGCCCGGCCCAGGCCCCGCGGAGGUCCCGGAGCCCAGGGCCCCGGAGCCGCUCCGGAAGCAGAGCCGCCUGGACCCCGGCUCGGCCGUCCUGGUGCGCAAGGCCAAGCGCGAGAAGGUGGAGACCAUGCUGCGCAACGACUCGCUCAGCUCCGACCAGUCCGAGUCGGUGAGGCCGUCGCCGCCCAAGCCGCACCGCGCCAAGAGGGGCGGCAAGCGGCGCCAGAUGUCCGUGAGCAGCUCGGAAGAAGAGGGUGUGUCCACGCCCGAGUACACGAGCUGCGAGGACGUGGAGUUGGAGAGCGAGAGCGUCAGCGAGAAGGGUGACUUGGAUUAUUACUGGCUGGAUCCCGCCACGUGGCAUAGCCGAGAAACAUCGCCUAUUAGCUCGCAUCCUGUAACGUGGCAGCCUUCUAAAGAAGGGGAUCGAUUAAUUGGACGUGUUAUUCUUAACAAGAGAACAACCAUGCCCAAAGAAUCAGGUGCAUUACUGGGUCUGAAAGUUGUUGGAGGAAAAAUGACUGACUUAGGACGCCUCGGUGCCUUCAUCACCAAAGUAAAGAAGGGUAGCCUUGCAGAUGUGGUUGGACACUUGCGAGCAGGGGAUGAAGUUCUAGAAUGGAAUGGUAAACCCCUGCCGGGAGCUACAAAUGAAGAAGUUUACAACAUUAUUUUAGAAUCAAAAUCAGAACCUCAAGUUGAAAUUAUUGUUUCAAGGCCUAUUGGUGACAUUCCAAGGAUUCCUGAGAGCUCCCAUCCACCACUGGAGUCCAGUUCUAGUUCCUUUGAGUCUCAGAAGAUGGAAAGGCCUUCCAUUUCUGUAAUUUCUCCCACAAGCCCUGGAGCUCUCAAAGAUGCCCCACAAGUAUUACCAGGACAACUUUCUGUGAAGCUGUGGUAUGACAAGGUGGGCCACCAACUGAUUGUCAAUGUUCUGCAAGCUACAGACCUACCCCCUAGAGUAGAUGGGCGUCCCAGGAAUCCCUAUGUAAAAAUGUAUUUUCUUCCAGAUAGAAGUGAUAAAAGUAAAAGGAGAACCAAAACGGUAAAGAAAGUCCUAGAACCAAAGUGGAAUCAGACUUUUGUCUAUUCGCACGUGCAUCGUAGAGAUUUUAGAGAACGGAUGUUGGAAAUAACCGUGUGGGACCAGCCCAGGGUGCAGGAAGAGGAGAGUGAGUUCCUUGGAGAGAUCCUCAUAGAGUUGGAAACAGCGCUUCUAGACGACGAACCACACUGGUAUAAACUUCAGACUCAUGACGAAUCUUCACUACCUCUGCCUCAGCCAUCGCCCUUCAUGCCACGGCGACACACCCACGGCGAAAGCGCCAGCAAGAAGCUGCAAAGGUCCCAGCGAAUCAGUGACAGUGACAUGUCAGACUAUGAGGUUGAUGAUGCGAUUGGAGUGGUCCCUCCAGUAGGUUAUAGGUCUAGCGCUCGAGAAAGCAAACCUUCAACAUUAACCGUGCCAGAGCAGCAGAGAACAACUCAUCACCGCUCACGGUCGGUGUCUCCUCAUCGCGGCGAUGAUCAGGGGAGGCCACGGUCACGUUUACCAAAUGUGCCAUUACAGAGGAGUUUAGAUGAAAUUCAUCCAACAAGAAGAUCACGUUCUCCAACCAGACACCGUGAUGCCUCCCGAAGCCCAAUUGAUCAGAGAAUCAGAGAUGUGGAUAGUCAGUGUUUAUCAGAACAAGACAGCGAGCUUCUCAUGCUUCCCAGAGCAAAACGAGGACGGAGCGCAGAAUGCCUGCACACCACCAGACAUCUUGUUAGGCACUAUAAAACAUUACCGCCUAAGAUGCCCUUAUUAGAGAACUGUUCUCACUGGGAUAUUUACAGCUCAAUCCUGCCUGCACGUACCAAAACCAAAACCCUUCACCAUGAAUGCUUUCACUCGAGAGCACUGAGGGUUACUGAUGAGAUUCUGGUUGGUGACCUGCAGCCCUCCCUUGACAGGGCGAGGAGUGCUAGUACCAACUGCUUGAGACCAGAUGCUAGUUUGCAUUCACCAGAACGAGAAAGGGGUAGAUGGCCCCCCUCCCUAGAUAGGAGACGGCCUCCUAGCCCCAGGAUUCAAAUCCAGCAUGCGUCUCCGGAGAAUGACAGGCACUCCAGAAAGUCUGAAAGAUCUAGCAUCCAAAACCAGACUAGGAAAGGCACUGCCUCUGACGCAGAAAGGGUUCUCCCACCAUGCCUUUCUAGAAGGGGAUACGCAGCCGCGAGAGCGACUGAUCAGCCAGCCCUUAGGGGGAAACAUCCCGCUCGCUCCCGCUCGAGCGAGCACCCUAGUGUCAGAACACUGUGCUCUAUGCACCACCUUGCCCCCGGAGGGUCCGCGCCACCUUCUCCGCUCCUGACAAGGACACACCGGCAGGCGAGCCCCACCCGGUCCCCGCCCGCGGACGCCGCCUUCAGCAGCCGCCGGGGCAGGCAGCUCCCGCAGGUGCCCGUGCGAAGCGGCAGCAUAGAACAAGCAAGCUUAGUAGUGGAGGAGCGAACGAGACAGAUGAAAAUGAAAGUGCAUCGAUUUAAGCAGACAACAGGGUCUGGUUCUAGUCAAGAACUUGAUCGCGAGCAAUAUUCCAAGUAUAACGCACACACAGAUCAGUACAGAAGCUGCGACAACGUCUCCGCCCGGUCCUCAGACAGCGACCUCAGCGACGUGUCUGCCGUGUCCCGAACCAGCAGCGCCUCCCGCCUCAGCAGCACCAGCUUCCUGUCCGAGCAGUCUGAGCGGCCUCGGGGCAGGAUCAGUUCAUUUACCCCUAAAAUGCAAGGCAGACGGAUGGGGACUUCCGGAAGAGCCAUCACCAAGAGCACAAGCAUGAGCGGGGAGAUGUACACACUGGAGCAUAAUGAUGGCAGCCAGUCGGACACAGCUGUGGGCACCGUCGGAGCAGGUGGGAAGAAGAGGAGGUCCAGCCUGAGUGCCAAAGUGGUUGCCAUAGUGUCGCGAAGGAGCAGAAGCACGUCCCAGCUGAGCCAAACAGAGUCAGGCCACAAGAAGUUGAAAAGCACCAUCCAGAGAAGCACAGAGACGGGAAUGGCAGCUGAGAUGAGGAAGAUGGUGAGGCAGCCAAGCCGGGAGUCCACAGAUGGCAGCAUCAACAGCUACAGCUCCGAGGGAAAUUUAAUAUUUCCUGGAGUGAGACUAGGCGCAGAUAGUCAAUUCAGUGAUUUUCUUGAUGGAUUGGGACCAGCCCAGCUUGUUGGCCGCCAGACCCUUGCUACCCCUGCAAUGGGUGACAUACAGAUUGGAAUGGAGGAUAAAAAGGGCCAGUUAGAAGUUGAAGUGAUUAGAGCACGAAGCCUCACGCAGAAACCCGGCUCCAAAUCCACACCUGCUCCUUAUGUCAAAGUGUAUCUUCUGGAGAAUGGAGCCUGCAUAGCCAAGAAGAAGACAAGAAUUGCACGAAAGACCCUUGACCCUUUGUAUCAACAGUCCCUGGUUUUUGAUGAAAGUCCACAGGGUAAAGUCCUUCAGGUGAUUGUCUGGGGGGACUACGGCAGGAUGGACCACAAAUGCUUCAUGGGGGUGGCUCAGAUCUUGUUGGAGGAACUUGAUCUUUCCAGCAUGGUCAUCGGCUGGUACAAGCUGUUCCCACCAUCAUCACUGGUUGACCCCACGCUCACCCCUCUCACCCGCCGGGCUUCCCAGUCAUCUCUAGAAAGUUCCACUGGGCCCCCCUGCAUCCGGUCCUAA